AUGAAAAAAAGUCGCUUUUUUUUCGUUUCCAUUUUUUUUUAUCUAUCUCAAGAGAGCAGCCUGGAGUUGAGUAAGAAAUUGUCCGGAGCGAACUCCUCCCUCACAGAGCAUGAUGAAGACGAUUAUGAGCAUGCACACAAGAGGCCCAGAACGUGGUCGGCCGACUCGACACCGGAGGUAGAUGGCGAUAUGUGUGUGAUUUUCUCCGCCUCCGAGGGCGACCCUACCAACUGCUGGUGCCCUAGAGGAUACAUCAUGUGUAGCGAGGAGGAUGUGCGCGAUGUGCAGUCGAAGUUGUACGAAAUUAAAGACUUGAAGCAACGGAACGAAGUGACUCCCCCGUGGAUGAAGCGCCUGUGUGAUAAUUCAGAAGAAAUUGGAUUCAAAAGCAUGUCGGUUGUUAUAGAUUAUGAGUUGGCAGUUUUGUGCAACGAUGGACAUGAGAAAGGCAAUGCAGACUUUAAAAUAAUUGGUGCUUCAGGUUUCGUUCCGAACGAAAAGAUCAUUCAACAAAAAGAGAGGGAUAUCACUUAUGUCCCACGAAAAUGCACCGUUAAUAAUUUUUACUUGUGUCGAAAGGUGGAAGACGAUAAUGUGGGUUGCCAGUUCAGCCCCUGGUCUCCGUGGGGUCCCUGCGUUAAUAACAAACAGAGAAGAACCAGGAAGGUGAUGCGCUCGAACCAAAAUAAUGAAAACUUUUGCCUCUGGAAUGGCAAGCGCAUUCCGAGGAGCAUAAUAGAGGAUACCCGCCCCUGCAAGAUUGCAUUGGAAGCGACCAAUCAGAAUUAG